ACCAACAGUCAGCUCACACAGCAACACCUGGGAUUAGUUUUAAUCCCGUCAUUUUAAAUUGCACGUGAGUCUUCAAUCAAAAUUCCAUCAUAUUUAGCAAGUAGAAUCUAAGUGUUAACAUUCCACCAUUUUAGUUUACAACUAAGCCAGGAAAUCUCCGUGUGGCAGCAUGAAAAUCAAAUCGUACCUGUCGAAUCAAGUCGGAAUUCAGUUCAAGAUCUGGUGCCCCAAUUUAAAUCGUGUGCGUCACCGCCUCUUCCUGCUGGGUUCCCUGCCUGAGCUGGGGGCGUGGAACAUUGACGCCGCCCUCGAGGCUUACCCCACUCCAGACAUCCACGUGUGGAAGGUUGAGGCCGCGGUGCCAGCCAUGGCGACAUUUGAGUGGGUGUGGCUAAGGACAGCACCAAACAGGACAGCUGUUGAGUGGGAGAGGACAGCCAAAAGAAACAGGACAGUCGACUGUUUCAGCGGGACUGUCCACACGAUAUGGGGCGAGGACGACGAGGUGUUCCACCAGACCGCCACUUGCCUGGAGCUCACGACCUUCAUCAACAUCAACGACGGCUACACCUUGGUGCUCGUCGGCUCAACACCCACCACUGGCCUGUGGAACCUCAACCAUGCAGUCACGGCCAAAGAGUUUCCUAAAAAAUCUGGCUACUGGAAGGUCAAUGUCUCAUUCGACUCGUUCGUCAAUUUAAACUUUAAAUGGACGGUGGUCAAGGAGCGCGACCACACCAACAUCAAAAUGCAGGAGAAGGUCCAGCACUCCAUCUACGGGCGGCGGGGCUGGAUGAGGGCGGUGGCGCCCUGGAUGCAGCCCACGGUCGUUGUGCUGGACACUUCCGUUAUGGCCGACACGUUUGACGACUCGCUGGGGCGUACAGACCUCGUCAUCAAGGAGAGGAAGAAACGGAACAAAGAAAUCGCCGAGUGGACAAAGACUAGCAACAAAAUGUCAACUCUUCCCGCCAAGCGAUUAUCUGACGUUCUGCCAAGGUCAAGGCCAAGCUUCUCGCAGGAGAAUCUCAGGUCACAUCCGGGGACGCCGCCCAUUCUGGGAGACAGGCCCAAGGUCGCGACCUUGUCCCGUCCGUCCAGCGAUACCAAUCACAGGCCUCAAGCAGGACUCUUGGACGAACUGAUCCAACAGAAGGAGAAGCAGGUCAGGUCAAGGACUGAGCGCUUUACAGAGCAGCUGAGUAAGACAUACACAGAUGACGUCACGGCGCUGAAGGGGGCGGGGCAAACACAGCUCCAGUUCGAUCCACUCAAUAUAGGGGACCUGUCAGCCUCCAGACUAGUCACAAAGCUUCAAGAUCUGACUGUCACGCACUCUCAAGAUCAUCUGGAUGUCAACAGGCUGUCUCAAGAUCAUCUGGAUGUCAGCAGGCUGUCUCAAGAUCAUCUGGAUGUCAGCAGGCUGUCUCAAGAACAUCUGGAUGUCAACAGGCUGUCUCAAGAACAUCUGGAUGUCAACAGGCUGUCUCAAGAACAUCUGGAUGUCAACAGGCUGUCUCAAGAACAUCUGGAUGUCAACAGGCUGUCUCAAGAACAUCUGGAUGUCAACUCCAUGGAGAGUUUCCUAUCCAGCUAUGACGAGUCCGAUGUUACUUUAGUCCCUGCAGGCAAAGAGGGCGCCUAUCAGUGCACGGUCUCCAAAAGUCUGGAACUCUCGACAUCUUCGGACACCGGCUUCACGGAGCUGACCACAACCCUCCGCUCUGGCGGCACCCUCAUGCCUCAGUCUGGCGGGCAUCUCCCUCCUGCCUUGGGCAGAGUCUACUCACAGCUGAUGGAUGAGGGCUUCUCGGAGACAACACUGAUGUCUAACGUGGACAAAACUAUUGUCGGGGUAUCAAACGUGGACAAAACUAUUGUUGAGGUAUCAAACGUGGACAAAACUAUUGUUGAGGUAUCAAACGUGGACAAAACUAUUGUUGAGGUAUCAAACGUGGACAAAACUAUUGUUGAGGUAUCAAACGUGGACAAAACUAUUGUUGAGGUAUCAAACGUGGACCAACUAGCUGUGUUGGAAAAUUCCGCCUGGGAACAAGAAGCAGCAGACCUGAGGGCACGUGCUGAAACUCUGGAGCUGACGGCAGCCGAGGCUGACGACUGUGAGCACGCCGAGUGGCUGGCGCGGAGGGUCCAAGCAGAAGAUUUGUAUUGCAUGUCCACUCAUGGCCUGGGCCUUGAGCUGCCGCCAGAUCACCCGUUUAUUGGCAGUCAGGCGUAUAUGAGCCAAGGCCAUCUAGUGGAGGAAACCCUAAUGGUAUCAGCAGACAGGUAUGACGUCAUCAGCACAUGGGACGAGCUGGCUGAUGCCCGAAUGAUUGCAAGACAGCUGGAGCAGGACUGGGGCAGCGGAGCAAAUAGCUGGCAGUCUGGGGACUGUGGCACGGACGGGUGCCAGACUGAAGUGGAGGGCAGCCAGACAUGGCUGGAUGAGACCUGGUCCGUCCUUCAAGACUGCCAGUGGUCAGACUGCCACUGGUCAGACAGUGAGCUGAACAUGACCUCACCACCAGAGCCGAGCAGACGCCCACCUCUGCCAGUGGACGAGCGCCUGGAAGCGCAGCUGUUGGAGAAAGUUUGGGGGGAGUCUUGUACGGGUCGCAGGUCUCCUCUCUACCGACAGCUGGCGAGCGCCUUGUGCAGAUUUUAGGUGCGUGCCAUAUAUUGGCGGAGCUGAAUUUUAAGAGCAGAAAAUAAAACCUCUACCAUCUCUAUACUAUAUGCGACUUACGCCUAGUUUUUCAUAAGUCAUAUGCUUUUCAAUUAUCGUUAAAAGAAACAUUUACUAUGGUAACGUGAGUGAGCAAACUUGUUGCUAUUUAAAGAACUUGUUGCUAAGGUAACGAAAGUUAGAGAACGGGUUGUUAGAGUAAUCGAAAGUCUUUUUUUUUUCUUUUUGAGUUUCUUCGCAUCUGCAACCGUUGGCAUUCUUUUACAUCAUGGAAGUCUUCAUCGUUAUCAUCAGAUUACAAAAUAAAUACUUAAUAAAAACACUUAAUAAUCCACCAAUGAUAUAUUAUCAAAUACAUAUGUUUUAGUCAAUGUGUAUCAACGUAUAAUAAUCCACCAAACGUACAUAGUCUCACA